AUGGUGCCGUGGGUUCCUGCCAAAGCAAAGGUCCAACUCCGGCUGGGUGUGCAGAGGCUGCGUACCCUGCAGGAGAAGAAGAGCGCGCAGGCUAAAGCAGCGAGACGCGACAUUGCUUUUCUACUUGAGAAGGGGAAGCUUGAGACGGCCAGGAUUAAAGUGGAGAACAUCAUCCACGAAGACAUUUACGUAGAGUUACUGGAACUAUUGGAAUUGUAUUGUGAGUUGUUAAUAUCGCGAUUCGGACUGCUGGAUCAGAACACGCGGGAACCCGAUGCCGGUGUAAGUGAAGGAGUUUGUGCCAUAAUACAUGCGGCACCUCGGACCGAAUUGAAAGAAUUGCAGGUCUUACGUGACAUGCUCAUGCACAAAUACGGCCGCGAGUUCGCGAUUGCAGUCAUGGAAAAUCGCGAUGGCUGUGUCAGUGAACGGGUCACACGGAAGCUGGCGGUUUUUACACCAGGUCCAUCACUGGUAGACGCGUAUCUUGCUGAAAUCGCCAAGGGAUACGGCGUAGACUGGUCUCCCCCAGAAUAUCCCAACCACGACACCGACGAUGCCGGCGGAGAUGGUGGAGUCAAGGCGGCCAUCGUUGAUGGUAAAGAAGUUCCCGAAUCUCCCAAGCCAGUUGACUCCGUCACCAUCUCGGCGGAAGCCAGGAGCGCUGGCGUGCGGACACCGAAACUCCCUGAGCUGCCACCCACAGAAGAAGAGGACAUACCUAGAGAGAAGGAGAAGGUUGUCAAGGAACCUCCUAAGCCUGUCAAGGAAGAAGAUGACUUUGAGACCCUAGCUAAACGCUUCGAGGCCCUGAAGAAACGAUGA